GGGAAUUUCAAAAUUCGGAAGAUUCCAAAUUUAAAAGUUUAUCAACCAUUGACGGAGUCGAAUUUGAAAUUGGACUACAUAUUUAAUAAUGUUAUUUUUGUUGUUUUGUUUUUUUUUUUGUAGUGCCAGUGUUAAUAUAGUGCCAGUGAUAUUAAGUAACAAAAUAGUUUAUUAAAUUAGUUUAGAACUUUAAACAAAAAUUGGAUGUAUCUAGUUAUCAUAAUACAUUUCUUCAGAAGAUAAUCACAUAUUGGCAUCCACACCGAUUUCCUAUACCAUCAAUAACGGGGCAAGUAAACAAUAACAUUAUCUGACCAAAAGAGCGAGACACCGGCUCAAGUUAGAGCGAGACGGGCCAGAAAUCAUCGAUCUAAAGAAAAUAGAAUUCUCAUACGAAAGGUAAUGACGGCACAAUAAUCGUGUAAAAGUUCACCGAUAGUUGCCCAAUGCGGUAACAAUACAUUUAGACCAGCGUAAGUAGGUCCUGAACAAAUCGAUUUGGCGAUACGAUCAUAAGCUGAAAGCGAGGGUCUCUUUACACUGGCCGACCGCGGCGGUCAUCAACUGGCCAGAUAAUCAUCUCCCAAUGAUUUACGCCGUGUUAAACCGACAAUGGACGAAGAUAACCCCCAACAGGUAUUCACAAUGCGACCAAUUAGAACUAUCGUUUCGCCAUGACCAAAUUUAACGGAAUAUGGCUCAGCGAGAAAAUCUAACUGACGUUUUCCGUAAGAAAAACGAAGAAUUAGACAAAAUGGCCGCGGACAUAAUCAAAUUCGGCAACAAUAACAAUAUAAAAUUUUUUGACAAACAAAUUGACAGUCCACAAAAUCUGAAAAGGAAGAAAGAUGACUAUAUUCCAUCGGAAAUUAAUAUAACUAUAGAUAAAAACACAAGCGACAGAACGAUAAGACUUGAACUGAGACAUCCUGUAGAUGUUGCAGCAAUUAAUGAUAUGUCUCGGGAACUAGAGACAGUGGCCGAUGAGGCCAGGCCGGUGAUGGCUGUAGACAAUGGUGAUUUAAAUGACUAUAAUGUGAAAGACAGUGAAAUGAACAUUGAUAGUGAAAAAGGACUGAGCAAUGGUGACGUCACUGCGCGGGAGUUUUUAAACAGUAGCGACAGUCGAGGUGGAGACGAGCGUCUCGGCGGCGGCGGGCUGGGUCUCGGCGGCGGCGGGUUUCGGGGCGGCGCGCAGCCCUCGCUCGCCGACUUCCAGCCGCCGUACUUCCCGCCACCGUUCGCGCCCGCGCCGCACCCUGGCAGCCCACACCACCAGCAACAGAGCCAUGGCAUGGACUACGGCGGCGGUGGAGGCGGAGGCGAAUAUGCGCAACACUACGCGCCGCAGCAACUUUUGCCACGGCACCACACCCACCACGAGCCGCAUGCGCACCUGCGACACCACAGGGACCACCACGACGCCAUACACGCGCACCAUCUCUCCCACGGCGGAUUCAGUUAUGGCGGCGGCGAUCGGCGCGCUGACUAUGGUGCGCGAGAGCAGCACGAAUUGGCGUUGCACCAUGCGUUACAUUCCACGGAAGAGGCGCCGAACUCGGGCAUGGAUGACACGAGCGGUUUCAUGACGGACCUACCACUAUUAAAAACAAUGAAAGGGCGCGACGGCCUCGGCGGCGGCGGCUCCUGCGCACCCAACGACGUGUUCUGCUCCGUACCUGGAAGGCUCUCCCUGCUGUCCUCCACCAGCAAGUACAAGGUCACGGUGGCCGAGGUCCAGAGGAGACUCUCUCCUCCAGAGUGCCUGAAUGCGUCUUUAUUAGGUGGCGUUUUAAGGAGAGCAAAAAGUAAAAAUGGCGGACGGUUACUCCGCGAAAAGUUGGAGAAAAUCGGCCUGAACUUACCCGCGGGCCGGCGGAAAGCGGCUAACGUCACACUGCUCACGUCAUUAGUAGAAGCGGAAGCAGUGCACCUCGCCCGCGAUUUCGGCUACGUGUGCGAAACGGAAUUCCCUGCGCGUGCGCUGGCUGAGUACCUCGCAAGACAGUACGCGGAGCACGAUGCUAGGAGACGAAGGGAGUUGCUGCAAGCCACCAAACAGGUGACGAAGGAGCUGAUGGACCUGCUGAACCAGGACCGGUCGCCGCUGUGCAACACGCGGCCGCCGCACCUGCUGGAGCCGGCCAUCCAGCGCCACCUCACGCACUUCUCCCUCAUCUCCCACGGGUUUGGAGGACCCGCCAUUGUGGCCGCACUCACCGCCAUACAGAAUUUCCUCAACGAAUCCCUGAAGCAUUUGGACAAGUUAUAUCCCCAAAGUGGGAUGGUGUCGUCAUCUAUGGACAAGACCAAAAUGGACCCGGACAUCAAGAAGUAACGAAAGACCAACGUGGUGUUAGCGGAAUAACUUUGACAUUUUAAUAGUCGGUAUCAUCCAUCAAGUUUCCAAAGUUUACAACCUCGAUGUAUAUAGAUGACGACUUAAAACAACCAUGACAAAAUGUGGAGUCUAGAAGAAUAACUAUUAUUAAUUUAAUUGCGUUGAGAUUUUGAAUUAGCCGGUCGGAAUUUUGUCAUACGACGUCACACUACUUGAUCGUAUACUGACAGACGUCGUAGAUAAACGAAUUAUGUAGAAUGAUGGGAAUGGACCGGACACUUGGCUAGAAGAGAACACCAUCCAUAGACUAAAGCAGUGACGGAGUGGUGGUCGAGACAGGAACAGAGACCGGUUGGUAAACCACCAGCUGCUGGUCAAAUGACAGUAUUUGGGUCACGGGAACUCGAUGAAUGAGACUCGCACAGGACCGAAGGAAGUGACACGAAAACUGGAAGCCUGUAUGCGCAGCUGUGGUUUGAUGAAGGCUGAAAAAGGUGAUGAUUAAUUAAAGGAAAAGUAUUUUUUCGUCCACCUUUGACACCUGACACCAUCGGGUAAUUUACAGUGACUGAACUGAACGAAUGAAAUGAACUUUCGAUUAAUGAACGUCAAUUUGCGCCUCAUCUCGUUCGUAAACUAGAAAUUCCGAUCUCAUAACUAUCAACGUCGUAAAACGCUGUUAAAAUACUGCCAAUAAGUGAGAUUGCGUAUUUAUUUUUAUGAAAGUCUGCGAGCCCAUACAAAUAAAGUGCAAUUAUAAUACUCAAGAUUGUGAGAUUCUGUAAAUAUAGAAUAAUAAAUUUAGUAUUAAUUAAGCAUUUAUAGUGUAAUCAAUUUCUUUCAAACGCGUAUAUUUUUACAGAAAAUAAAGGUUCAUAUCUACCGCAAUACGAACACAUAUCAAGUUUGUAAAUAGUAUAAAACUAUCAUAGGACUGUUCAUUCGAAUGAGUGAAUAAUUGAACAACAUAUGAAUAAAAUACAUUUUAGCAGAUCCGUCUGCAUAGUCGAACCUAUAUUCGACCAGCCAGUAUAGUUGAUAGCAAAAUUAGAAUUUAAUUAUACAUGUAUUUAUUUUCAUUUUUAAAUGCUACUUACCUAUAACUUAUUUUCUUUGCAAAAGAUAUUGAGUUUCAUGAAAAAAUAAACGUUUAAUUGUAAAUUUUUUAUAUUUUAUAAAUGUAAACAAACGCCAUAUUUUUAAUUUAAAUACCAACUAUACAGGAUUUAGUCGACUCUGAACAAACCUGUGAAACAUUUAGUUAAUAGAUAUUUUAGUAUUGCUAGUGAUUCAAUGUGAAUGUGUGCCAAUUAAGUUGUCAUUGGAAAUACAAAUGCGUUUCCAAUGAGUGAUUAUUUAAUAUUUAUUAUUGUGUCAUCAUGUACAUACGAUUUGCUAUUUCCUUGCCUAAACUAGGUUUAAUGCAGUUUAGCCAUAGGGAUUCGGAUGAAGGGGGUAAAAGCGUUUCAUGUUUUAAAAAUUUUGCUUUUCUUUUUUAAACAUACCAACAUAUAAACUUUAAUUGCAUAUCGGCCCGCGAUCUACCCAUUUGAUCGAUUAAAAAAUUGUGAGUGGAGCAAAGUUAAAUUUAAAACGACUCUUUAGUUUUUGUCCAUCUUGUCGUCACGCACUGCGUCUAGUGUGAAAUGACCCUUAGCACAAAUAUCUGCACUACAUCGAAUGAACUGAACUGACGACUUUCCUUGUCAAUUUUGGAUAAUUAUAUUUUAUACACUGCAAUUUAACACAUAAUACGUUGUGGGUUUCAUGUAUGUACGUCACGCGUAAAAAAAAAUACGCAACACAAAGACUUUUUGUCUAUAUUUUUAACACUACGCAAAUUUCGUGCAGGCACAGAUUAUAAAACAUAAUCGAUGUCAACAAAUUACAAAAAAAUUGCAGGCCUCCAAAUAAUUUGCUUGAUCAGCUGAUCGAAUAAGUACAGAAAGUCGAAAUAUUUCCUUUUUUCAAUGUAUAUUUCUUUUGGAAGUUGUUCCAUUCUAUUCAAAUGCUGAGCAGAAUAUUGUGAAAAUGUGAGUGAAAAAGAAAUUACCAUGUAUACAACCGUAGAAUCACUCAACGAGUUGAGCGGGAAUAAUAUAUUUAUUUCAGUGUUUAUAAAAUAAUGGAGGUACUUAACCAAAACUUGAUUGUGCUUGCGCAAAAAAAAAUAUAUUUCUCUGUGAUAGAUAACUUUCGUUUGUGAGCCAAAAUAAAAUGCAAUAUUUUAAUGCUGAAAUAAAAUAUUUAUGCAAUGUAAUAUCGAAACAAAACGAAUGUGCCAAAUUGUUUACACGUGAGUUCAAUAUUAAUAGAUUUAUUUUAAAAAAUAUUUCUAUUUGUAAAACUUAGAAAAAUCACAUUCCUUUAUGUAGGAAUUCGAAACAUUUUGAUUGUUUUUUUGUAUAUAGGUAAUUUCCAUGUGGUUGUAAUUUAAAUAGUUUUUAAUUUAGUAUUUAGUUUUACUGUACAAUCAACUAAUUUAUCUUCAAUUUGUUCAGAUUACCUCAUCGUAAUUAAGAUUUUUCGAAACACUAUGUUUUAGCCAAUAAUCUCCAUAGACCAAAUACGAAACCUAGAUAGCUACAACAAGAUCUAAACAAUGUCGACGGUAAGACUUACCUUCUCAUUAGAUUGAGUACAUAAUAAAAUAUCAAAUCAACUACAACUUUCAUUAUCGAUUUAAGAAUAGCUUGCAUAGCCCAUUUGUCUGUCUUGUCUCUUAUACAGUAUCGCGAAACAUUUUUAACCGAAUUUUGGCAGUUUCGGCGUACAUCGCUGGUUUUCCAUUGCGUUAAAUAAAAACACACAUACAAUCUACUCGAUGUCAUGCAAAAACAGGCGAUAUAACUAUUACUUGAAUCGGAUGCCUCUUCAAUAUUGUGCUAUUCACAUGAUGUGAAUCUAUGUCAUUGGACACAAUAGGUAUAUACCUAAAUGUAUCCUGUUUUUUAUUCCAUAUCAAUAUUUUAUUUGUAAUUAAAUCAAUUUCUUGUCUAAAAUUUUUGAUGGAUUACCAUUUGUGUAUUUGAUUUUUUCGUGAAGUAAAAGAAUGAUGUCACA